AUGCAAUCAUCAAAGAGCAGCACGAAUCUCGAAAGUCUCUCUUACAAAUUGAAUGUAUUUCUAUUCGAACAUGAUCAAACAGGCAAAGACACCCAAUGUCAAGAAUACGAUCCAGAUCUCAACGAAAGUCCAUUUGACAUUGAUGAUGACGACGAUGAUCACUUUAUUCUUUCAGACCGUCCAUUAAAUUUACGUCAAAAUUCACAUGUUAAAUAUAUUCAAGAAGAAACAUCCGAUGAUCUCUCUCCACCAACAACAGCAGCAUCGACUGAAACAACGACGACACCGCUACUUAAUCAACGUCAGCCUGACGAUGAAAAGCUUUUAUAUUUUAACAAUCACAACAUUGGUACAAAUAGUACUACAGCUGUUGUUCCUCUCAUUGUUGUCACAGAUGACGAGACUGAUACAACACCAUCAAAACGUUUCGUCCAUUAUUCAUCUAGGUUUGUCAAAGCAAAAAAUUCCUAUUCAUCCAUUACGCCUAUCAAUAUGGAUCACUUAAAUUUCAAAGAUUAUUUCAACAAUAGUUCUUGUCCUGGUUCACCACUUCUCGCCGGGAAAGUUUCAGCCUCAUCAACAACAAACGCACCAAAUCUAUCGGCACCUGGAGUGUCAUCUUCUCCAGUUGCCGUAACGAUAACUGCCGCUGGCACAGGAACUGGGAAACGCCGUGGAUUCAGUCAUCGUGCUAGUUACAAACGUGCACAUACAGGACGAUUAUCUAUUGAUCACACACCCAAUGAAUUAUUUAUUGAAUUACAAGAACUAGAAACAGAUGAUCAUAUCGAAUACUACUGGAAUGAAUGUGCUAGGUGGAUUCGAUAUGAAGAAGAUUUUGAUGUUGAGAUGCUCCGUUGGCAAGCACCGAGAGUUGGUUGCUUAAAUUAUCAUAGCCUGUUGGAGCUACGACGUGGUUUACAAUAUGGUAUUGUUCUACUAGAUCUUGAUGAACAGACCCUCGACGGCAUCUAUGAAGCAAUUAUUAAUGAUGCGAUUGCCAAUGGGCAAAUGAAUAAAGAUGCCAAAGAUGAAAUAUUACGUAUUCUAACAAGCAAUCAUAAACACCCGGAGCCUCGUUCAUCAUUUCGCCGCCGUUCGUCCGCUGUGGACUUUCCACCCGUGAGUACGCGACGCUCGAGUUUAGCCUUUAAAAAGAACGAACAAGUUAACACCGAUGAUUCAAGACGGAUGAGUUUACUUGAUCCAAAGGUCAAUGGUGAACUGACUAAGAACUUGAAAAAUCUUGUCGUUCGAUAUGAUCAUAUCGGCGAUUCGGUUAUGACCGAUUUACAAGCAAAACAGUCGUCAUCUGAACAACUGAGCAAUACGAAAGGCAGUGAUGAGAGUGUAAAUCAAUUACGACCUGCAAAUAUCAGUCAUCGGCCAUCGCAGAGUCAACCGAAGAGAUCACGAGAUUCGGGUCAACCUCGGUCUGAUUUAAUGCGACGAAUACCAGAUGAUGCUGAGUGUGCGGAAGUACUUAUUGGCGGAGUCAAAAUUUUAACUAGACCCGUAAUGGCAUUUGUUCGUUUGUCAGAAGGUCAACAUAUGGUCAGUAUGACUGAAGUUCCACUACCUGUGAAAUUCAUCUUUGUAUUGAUCGGUCCGGUGCUGGAAGAAUAUUUUGAAAUUGGCCGUUCACUCAGUACUCUAUUUAGUACGCCAGAUUUCCGUGCAGUUGCCUAUCAAGCAAUGGAUCGUCGAGAUUUGUUGGGUGGCAUCAAUGAUUUUUUGACAGACACAAUUGUCUUACCGCCGGGCGAUUUUGAUAAAGAACUCUUGUUGCCGGUGAUCGAAACAGCGAAGAUGAAAAAUAACAAUGCGAAACGGCGAUCAACAAGGCGACGAAAACAGACCAAAGGUCGAUCCACUGAUGGCCAACAGCAACAAAGUUCCAGUCAAGCAUCGCGAGUGCUAUUAGCUCAAAUAUCUUCUCUGUCACAUGAGAAACAAGAAGAUGAUCCAUUUCUACGAAGUGGUUUCGUAUUCGGUGGUGUUUAUCGUGAAAUGCAACGCCGUUACGCUUAUUUCAAAUCUGAUUUUUUGGACGCAUACUCGCUUCAUUGUCUUGUCAGUCUCGUCUUCAUGUUCAUUGCUUGCCUGGCACCAGCUCUGACCUUUGGUGGUAUCAUAGCUGACAAAACCAACAAUCUAUUGGGUGUAAAUGAAAUGAUGAUUGCCUCGUCGAUGAAUGGAUUCAUAUUCGGACUUUUCAGUGGACAACCAUUGAUGAUUCUUGGACCGACAGGACCGUUCCUUGUCUUCGAAGAAAUGGUCUAUGAUUUAUGUCAAUUAUUAAAUUCAGAUUUUUGGACAGUGCGCUGCUGUGUUAGUCUUUGGACAACUUUUUUUAUAAUUAUCCUUGUGGCUUUCGAAGGUAGCUUUAUGAUUCGGCAUGUAACUCGAUUUACCGAAGAAAUUUUUGCUCUGAUCAUUGCUCUUGUGUAUCUUUACGAACCAUUUAAAAAGCUUUAUAAAAUAUUUCGUUCAAAUCCAGUUCAAUCUAUCUACAAUUAUGAUUAUCCAUUAACAUGUGUUUGUAAUCUGUCGUCUAUAGUCAAUAUCACAUUAGACUACGAUACUGUGAAUUCUUCAUCCAAUGAUAUGUUACUGUCUACUCCAUCGAAAUAUUCGUGCUAUAAUUGUAUAUCAGCAAAACAAUCUUCGUCCUCAUCUUUAUUUGUUUCAAAUAAUAAUUCAACAUCAAUGCCCAGUGAUGAUAGUCCAUUACCAAAUAAAGCACUUCUGUCAUUUAUCAUACUUAUUGGAACAUGUUUCAUUUCCGUUGCAUUAAAACGUUUUCGGCGAAGUAAUUUUUUCGGCCGAACGACAAGACAAACAUUGAGUGAUUUUGGUAUGACAAUUGCGCUCAUUUUUAUGGUGCUGUUCGAUAUGUUAGUCACAAAAAGUGCCGGUGGUCAUAGUCUUACGCAGAAAAUAACCGUACCUGAUUCAAUCCGACCAAGUGAUCGUGAACGUGGUGAUACAUGGUUUAUAUCGCCUACACAAAAGAGUCUACCGUUUUGGCUUUACUUCGCUUCAUCUUUUCCUGCUAUUUUGAUAUCUGUGGUGCUGUUCUUUGAAGUUGAAUUGACUAGUAUUAUGAUUCAAUCAAAACUUCGAUGUGUUCAAUCAUCGAAAGUUGUCAAAGGAACUGGUUACCAUCUCGAUAUAUUAAUAGCAGGUAUAUUGGUGUCUGUCAGUGGAUUAUUUGGUCUUCCAUGGAUGUGUGCCGCACCUGUACGAAGCAUUGCUCAUGUUGCUAGUUUAUCCAAAUACAGCAAUACUCAUGCUCCCGGAGAAAAAGCUCGUCUGAUUGAAAUUAAAGAUCAGCGUUUGACCAAUAUCGGUGUACAUUUGUUUAUUGGUUGUACCAUAUUCGCUGCGCCGAUCAUUCGCAAAAUUCCUGUGGCUGCUUUAUUUGGUAUAUUUUUAUAUUUUGGUAUUGUCUCCAUAUCCGGUACACAAUUAUUCAGUCGACUGAAAAUGACAUUUAUUCCAACGAAAUACCAUCCAAACUUUGGCUAUUUAAGACGAGUCCGUCAAAUGAAACGGAAUACAUAUACAUUUAUACAAUUGAUGGCAGCUGCAUUAUUGAUUACCAUAAAAAUUACGAGAUUUGCGUUUUUAUUCCCAUUUAUCCUUGUCUUACUAGUCCCGUUUAGAAAAUGGUGUCUUCCAUUUUUCUUCACAGAACGCGAACUCAAUGAGCUCGAUGGUGAUGAAGAACAGGAUCGUUUCUUUGACGAUGAACUGGAUUUCUACGGUCAAGUUCAUCUACCAAUUUAG